AGGUGUUGCAGUUACACAUUGCACGUUCGCUGCUUCGUAGACGCGUCGUCGCACGUGCGCACCUUUACCGGAUCACGUGUGUAUCGAAGUGCAUCGAUAAGAGAGAUCUACCACAGAAGAAAGAAACUAUAUCCGCUAGUGUGUAACAAUGUCGUACAAUCUGACGGUCAAUCCGACAUGCCCAGAACCCUAUCUCGGCCCGAGUCUCACCCAGGUCUGUCCGGGAUCGCAGUUUUUGACGUUUAUGACAAUCUUGGAUGCGUUUGUGCGCUCUCAGGAGAAAGUAUCUCAACUGUGCAAUCGUGUGAGGCCGGUAGAUCCACCUGAAUAUUAUUACGAUUUCAUCGUUGUGGGCGGAGGAUCAGCCGGUGCCGUGGUGGCGUCUAGACUGAGCGACAUACCCGAAUGGAAAGUUUUGUUGCUAGAAGCCGGCCCGGACGAGCCACCGGGUGCCGAUGUUCCCAGUAUGGUGGCAAUGUUUCUAGGAACUGACAUUGACUGGCAGUAUCAAACCACGAACGAGAUGAACGCUUGUCUGUCAAACGGCGGAUCCUGCAGUUGGCCACGCGGUAAAAACCUAGGCGGAACAUCCGUUCACAACGGUAUGAUGUAUAACCGAGGACACGCCAAAGAUUUUGACAAUUGGGCGGCCAUGGGUAACGCCGGAUGGAGCUGGCGCGACGUUCUUCCGUAUUUCAUGUGCUCAGAAAACAACACAGAGAUUCAACGAGUCGGUCGCAAGUAUCAUGCGACCGGCGGUUUGUUAACCGUCGAACGGUUUCCGUGGAAGCCUCCGAUCGCUGACGACAUCCUCGCGGCGGCGACCGAAAGAGGAUAUCCGAUUAGCGAAGACCUGAAUGGCGACCAAUUUACAGGAUUCACAGUGGCCCAAACCACAAGCAAGAACGGCGUUCGAGUGAGCAGCGCCUCGGCGUUUCUCCGUCCGUUCCGUCACCGGCGCAAUCUGCAAAUCGCGCUCAACGCCACUGCCACGAAGAUCAUCAUCGAGGAUCAAAAGGCCGUCGGUGUCCAAUUCAACCAAGGUGGUGAACUUCGAGUUGCCCGCGCCACAAAGGAGGUAAUCGCCUCCGGUGGUGCCGUAAAUUCGCCUCAACUGUUGCUACUCUCCGGAAUCGGGCCGAAGGAACAUCUACAGGCGGUAAACGUCACAGUCGUCAAGGACCUGCCAGGUGUCGGCGAGAACCUGCAUAAUCACGUGUCGUACACUUUAUCAUGGACCAUCAAUCAGCCGAAUCUUUACGAUUUGAAUUGGGCGAGUGCCGCAGAAUAUAUCGCCUUUCAAAAUGGCCCGAUGGCAUCGACGGGUCUGUCGCAAUUGACCGGAAUGCUACCGUCGAUCUACACGACACCGGAUCAUCCCGACAUUCAGAUAUUCUUCGGCGGGUAUCAAGCGGCCUGUGCGACCACCGGCGAAGUAGGUGCCAUCAUGAACAAUAACGGUCGCAGCAUCAGCAUGUCACCGACGAUGACGCAACCUCGCAGCAAGGGAACUCUUCGUCUCGCCAGCAACAAUCCCUUCGCUAAGCCGAUCAUUUGGGGAAAUUAUUUGAGCGAUCCUUUAGACAGAGCGGUUCUCGUCGAGGGCAUCCAGGUCGCUUUCUCUCUCGCCAAUACCAGUGCCAUGGCCAAGUACAAUAUGACUCUCAACAAUAGACCUUUACCCGCGUGUUCCCAAUAUCCAUUCCUGAGCAGAGAAUAUUGGGCCUGCGCGGUGAGCCAGGAUACAGGCCCGGAAAAUCAUCAAGCAGGCUCCUGCAAAAUGGGACCACCGCACGAUCCCAUGGCUGUAGUUGAUAAUCGAUUGCGAGUGUACGGCAUCAGAAACCUUCGUGUUGCCGACACGUCUAUUAUGCCGCAGGUAACGUCCAGCAAUACGGCAGCUCCGUCCAUGAUGAUCGGUGAAAAGGCGGCCGCGUAUAUCAAGUCCGAUUGGGGCAAUGUCGCCACACAAUGGUACGGGAAACCACGUAGCCAUAGCCCCAUAUGGAAAAACAGCCAUUGGAAGCGUCAUUACUUUAACAAAAUCGACGUGAACAUGACCAAAGGCGAGGACUCUCUGGAACAUCCUGCAGAGACGCAAUUUCCUCUCUCCUCUUCGACCGUGCCGAACUUCGUGAUACCAGAAACAACAUGUACAUCGCCCUUCGUGGGUGGACUCUCGCUGAAUUCUGUCUGCAGUGCAAACUCCGCGAGUUUAUUUUUGACUUUGCUGAAUACGUUGCUUACUUAUCACACGGCAAUCAACGGACCGUGUGAACGUAUUAAACCUAUUACAAAACCAGAUUUAGUGUACGACUUCAUUGUCGUCGGAGGUGGUGCAGCUGGGCCGGUAGUGGCUGCGAGAUUGAGCGAGAUUAAAAAUUGGAAAGUACUUCUGGUAGAAGCCGGACCUGAUGAACCAGCCGGCACGCAAAUACCGAGCAACCUUCAACUUUAUCUCAACACGGAACUCGAUUGGAAAUAUCAGACCACAAACGAAUCAUACGCGUGUUUACAAACUAAUGGUAGCUGCUACUGGCCGAGAGGUAAAAAUCUCGGCGGUUGCACUAGUCAUCAUGGCAUGGCGUAUCAUCGAGGUCACGCAAAGGACUACUAUAGAUGGGUGGCAAUGGGAAAUGCAGGAUGGUCUUGGGAGGAUGUGCUACCAUAUUUCUUCAAAUCAGAAGACAAUAAAGAAAUCGGAAGAGUCAGAGCAGAAGAUCAUGGCACUGGAGGUCCGAUGACUGUCGAAAGAUUUCCGUGGCAUCCGCAAUUCGCUGAGGACGUGAUGAAGGGUGCGAAUGAAGUAGGUUUGGGCGUCACCGAAGACCUGGUGGGCGAGAAAAUCACAGGAUUCACCCUGGCGCAAACGAUCAGCAGAAAUGGCGUUCGACUCAGCGCUUCCAGAGCUUUCUUGUGGCCGCACAGGAACCGCAAAAAUCUUGACGUGGCUCUGAACGCGAUCGCGACGAAAAUCAACACAAAAAAAGUUGGAAACAAUGUGAAAGCCCAGGGAAUUACUUUCGUUAUGAAUGGCAAAGAAUAUCACGUAGCAGCGAGAAAGGAAGUGAUUCUCACGGCUGGUGCCAUAAAUUCGCCGCAACUUUUGCUUCUGUCGGGUAUCGGACCAAAGAAGCAUCUGAAUUCCGUGGGAAUUAACACAGUCGUCGAUCUGCCGGGAGUCGGUGAAAAUCUUCAUAAUCAUCAGUCGUAUGGUGUGGACUACGUUCUCAAUAAGACGAAGGUAGACGAGCUUAAUCUCAAUAGCGCCGACUUAUACUUGUACAACCAAACUGGUCCGAUGUCGGGCACAGGUCUGGCCCAGCUCACUGGAAUUCUAGCGUCUAAUUACACUACUCAAGACGAUCCGGAUAUACAGAUCUUCUUUGCCGGAUAUCAAGCUACAUGCGAUACGGGCGACAGAAUCCCCGACUUGCAAACGCACGGUAACAAAGAAACUGUUAGAUUCACUUCCGUGAAUAUUCAGCCACACAGUAGAGGCCGACUCAUGCUGGCAUCGAAAGAUCCCCUAAGUCCCCCCGUCAUUUGGAGCAACGAUCUGUCUCAUCCCAAAGACAGAUCGAUCGUUUAUCAAGGUCUCCAAAAAAUUUUCAAACUGACCAAAUCGCAAAUAUUGCAAAAAAAGUACGGUUUGAAAUUAACUCUCGAGACUGUUCCGGAAUGUAAACAAUACAUAAAAGGAAAAAAACAGGAUCAUUUGACUUAUGAAUACUGGGAUUGCCAAAUCCGAUACCUAACUAGACCCGAAAAUCAUCAAGCUGGAACGUGCAAGAUGGGUCCCGCUUCGGAUCCUAUGGCUGUUGUCGAUCCGAGUCUCAGGGUUCAUGGUGUGCAAGGUCUGCGAGUCGCUGACGCGUCUAUCAUGCCGCAAGUGAUUUCUGGUAAUCCCGUUGCUGUAAUCAAUAUGAUCGGCGAAAGACUUUCUGAUAUUGUCAAAGACGACUACGGUAUGAAUAAUAAUUAAAAAAAAAUUAACAUAUUUUAAUGCCAAAUUAUUAGUACGAAUAGGAUGUUUAGAUCCUAUCGAUUUGUUAUUAGAUUUUAUGUAAACAUGACAAUUUGCAAGAUACUUAAAUAAAUACACUCGUGUGUUUAAAAAGU